CUCUGUUUCAACAUGUUUGCGGUAAAAAUUAUUCCUAUGCUAAUUAUAAUUAUGCUGACUUCCGAAUCAAUUCUGAGUGAUGUAAUGUCACCAAGGGUAAAUUGCAUAAAUGAUUGUUGGAAAAUUGGAGAAAAUUGCAAACAGAAAUGUCAUCGGAAUUCUCAAGAAUUCAAAUGUAAAUCUAAUUGUCAAACUGAUAUAAGAAAAUGUCAACGUAGUUGUUAAUUGUUUCUUGUUUAUUCAUAAUAAUAAUGAAUAACUUCAAUAUUCAAUGAGUUCUAUACUGUGUGUUCAUCUUAAUUCAAUUAGUUUCUAUAGUUUUUAUUUAGCCUAUUAAACUAUACAUUCAUUUUACAAUUAUAUUGAUGUUACUUCAUUAUUCAGAUUAUUUGUAACCUCAAAUCAAAUGUUCUUAAGAAUAUAAAAGAAAAGCUUAAUGUUAUUAUUUAAAUGUUUACUCCAUAUAAUUUUCUUUAACAGAAUUCAUAUCUUGAAAUGUUAACUAUUACCAAUAAUACAAAUAGUGGUAAAUGAGAAAUUUCAAUACAGUUGAAAAUUGAUAACAGUGUUUUGUUAAG